UGGCGAACCAAGUCUCUACCACGCUCUCAUCAUCAUUUUCUUAGAAUUCUUCUCAUGGGGACUGUUAACAACCCCGAUGCUCACGGUGCUGCACGAGACAUUUCCAGAGCAUACCUUUUUAAUGAAUGGACUAGUCCAGGGUGUAAAGGGGUUUCUUGCAUUCCUUAGUGCCCCAAUGUUGGGGGCGCUGUCUGAUGUCUGGGGACGUAAAUCCUUUCUCCUGUUAACUGUGUUUUUUACCUGUAUGCCCAUUCCACUUAUGAAAAUUAGUGCCUGGUGGUUCUUUGCUAUGUUGUCAGUAUCGGGUGUAAUGUCAGUGACGUUCUCGUUAAUAUUCGCAUAUGUAGCAGACAUAACACCAGAUUCGGACAGAAGUUCAGCAUAUGGACUGGUUUCAGCGACAUUUGCAGCCAGUCUCAUCACAAGUCCAGCGUUAGGGACGUAUUUAGCCACGAUAUAUGGGGAUAGCUUUGUAGUAUUUCUUGCCACCGCAAUAGCCCUGUGCGAUGUUCUCUUCAUAUUAGUAGCUGUACCAGAAUCGUUACCCGAGAAGGUACGAAGAGCAUCGUGGGGUGCUUCGAUAUCAUGGGAGCAGGCCGACCCAUUCACGUCACUUCGGAAGGCCGGCCAAGAUUACACCGUAUUAAUGUUAUGUAUAGCAGUGUUUUUAUCCUACCUACCUGAGGCAGGCCAGUACUCAUGUAUGUUCCUUUAUCUUAGAACGGUCGGUGACUUUUCACCCGCAGAAGUUCCGGCAUAUAUAGCUUUAGUUGGAGUAUUAUCAGUAUUUACUCAAACAUUAUUAUUAGGAUUUUUAAUACGAAACCUGGGUCACAAGCACACGAUCAUGGUCGGUUUGACGUGUGAGAUGUUAGAACUGAUGUGGUAUGGUUUCGCCUCUCAGCAGUGGAUGAUGUGGGCGGCAGGGGUCAUCGCCAGUGUCUGCAGCAUCAACUUUCCAGCAAUCAGCGCGAUGAUAUCACACUGUGCGGACCAAGAUAAACAAGGAGUGGUACAAGGUAUGGUAACAGGAAUACGCAGUCUGUGUACAGGACUAGGACCGGCUCUCUUCGGUGUCAUCUUCUAUUUCUUCAAUGUGAACCUAGAUAUUGAUGAUAAUACCGAUGAUAAAAAGGAGGAGGGUGUGAUGGAGAACCCUAUGCAAGAGAGCAUCAUGCCAGGACCACCAUUCGUCUUUGGCUCUCUUCUAGUCCUCAUCUCGCUUCUCGUUGCUUACUUCCUGCCAAACGUCCAGGAGCCCAGCCCGGCCCCACCCCAAUCCCCGUCCCUCCAGUUAGUCGCCCUCAAGGCCCCGGCCGACGACGUCUUGGUACCUCUCUUAACAGACGAGGACAGCAUCGGUAUCGAGCCAUCGGCAGUGGACCCUCUAAAUCCUUGAGGUUACUAGAUUGUGCUAUUACAUCAUCACGAACACCACAGCGCAUUGAGGCUGCCUAUGCUUUUCUGACACGACAGAGCAUUCUUGUCUCCUGCUUGCGCGCUUCAGUGGCUCGUUGCUGUUGCUUGAUGCGUCAGACACAGAUGCUAUCCUUACGUGAUCCGUGUGGCCCUUUGAAUGUCAGCUGUGUUGCCAUGUGGCAGGUUCGAUGUAUUACAGUCAGUGGCUUUUGUGCAAUGGUUCUAAAAAUGCCAGGAUGGUAGGCUUACAUGAUGAGCAUGUAAAGGUGCUUGAAGACAGAGGCCCGUAUUCUGAACUCAGGUUUAAUUCAAGUUCUGGUCAAAAUUUGCAGUUACACUAUGGAAAGCCAAUAGUAUCCUUGGAUCAGCACCACAAUACAGUCAUUCAUUUAUCAAUUACUACAGACCAAGCAGGUCUACUUCUGGCUUCCUUGUUAUUCCAAAAGUUUCAAAAACUUGGGGGGGGGGGGAUCAUUUGCUUUUGCAUGCCCCACUUUAUGAAAUAGCCUUCCUGAAGACAUAAAAAAAUGUACCUCUGUCAAAAUUUUCAAAAAUCUUCUAAAAACUUUUUUAUUUAACUCUUAGCUCUUUAUGCACCUUGAGCACUCGUACAGAGUGGAUUUGGCGCUUUAUAAGUCACAUUAUUAUUAUUAUUAAUGUUGACAAUAAUCAGUGAUUGUCCAGGUUCCAUUUUUUCAGCACUUAUGACAUUAAAAUCAUUCAUGACUGUCUAGGAAUGGUAACUAGGGCUGUUUUUUUUUUCACUAAUAAAGCAUGAGGGAAAAAAAUGGUAAACAUAAGAAACAUAGAACGUUAUCAAAAGUUUGACAUUUUGGGCUUUCCAUAAUUUUAGAACAGAGUUAGACCAUGACCCAAGUUUAACCGAACUUCAGAGUACGGGCCAAGGUCUAAGAGCAGUGUCUGCCAUCUUAGCCAGUUCAUGAUGGGCUCUUACCUAUUUUUCACAAAGCCUGCGUUAUCAAUGUCACAUGAAUUGUCAGCUGUAUUCUUCUUCUGGAGUCGUAGCAAAAAGUGCUGUCCAGUGGAGAAUAAAAGAUCAGUCUUUUGGUUGAGAUUCUCCAGAUCGUUGGCCUUGCAUUGCUCUGGAAAGAUGGGGCUGGCCAGGGCCCUGUCUUACAAAGAGUUAGGAUUGAUCAGGGGCCCGACUUACAAAGAGUUACGGUAACUAUGGAAAUCCAUCAGUGUCAUAAAUUUUUCUACAGGAAAUUUGCACAAUGUCCUUUGUAAACAAAGAGAAGCACAGUGAAUUUUUAAGUUAACAAUUAAUGCAUGAAUGUACAUCAUAGCUAGAAAAUAUUUUGAACAAACAUGCAUAAUAGAUGUAGACAUUGUUGGCCGUCCAUAGUUGCGAUCGAUCGGAUCAAUGGCAACUCUUUGUAUAAAGACGGGGCCCAGAUCGUUGGCCUUGCAUUGCUCUGGAAGGAUGGGGCUGACCAGGGCCCUGUCUUACAAAGAGUUAGGAUUGAUCAGAUCAAUCUCAAGUAUAUGGAAAUCCAUCCAUGUCAUAAUUUUUUCUUUAGGAAGUUUGCACCAUGCCCUUGGAAAACCAAGAGAAGCAUACUGAAUUUUAAAGAAAACUAUGAAUGUAUGAAUAUACAUCAUAUCUUGAAAAUAUUUCGAACAAACAUGUAUUUUUCAAGUUGACGUUGCUGGCUUUCCAUAGUUGUGAUUGAUUGGAUCAAUCGUAACUCUUUUGUAAGAUGGGGCCCUGAAGUUACCAUGGUUACUGGGUCACACAAGUUAACGUCAUGAGAGGAACUUUUAAUUAUUGUCAAAGGUGAGAAUUGUUGAUUUUUGGGGCCGUCUGAUAGAGUGACUGGUAUCUUGGAAAGAUUUAUUUUUAUUUUUAAAGUGUUUCAGUCAAGUUAAAAAUCUAUUAUUAUAGCUGGAGUCACUCUUUUGAUGAUAUAUUACAUGUUAUUGUUAAAAUAUUGUUCAUGAGUAUUAUUAUCUCAUGACUUUCUCCCAUAUUUUGCCUUGUUUUGAGAGACUCGCUGUAACGUUUCUCAUCUGGACGGACGUACGUUAUGUCGCUUUUUUUCUCAAUGAUUUCAAGCAAUACCUUCUUGUUAAACUCUUUGCACUCUCUAUGCAGCUGCUAUGCAAACUACAUAUCUGUGUGCAUGUUGGGUGGCCUUAUAUGUUUGGUGCUGUUCACACGUGUAGUUUAUUUCCUCUUGUAUCCAAUGUACACCUAAUGCCCUCUCCAAUACAGAGAGUAUGUGUACUUAUUCAAGGUUGUAAUUAAAAAAUAAUUACAUGUACAGGAGGGGUACUUCACCAGGAAUGAGUCGUGAUAUUUGCUGUUGUUGAUUUUUGCAUGCCAUUGGAGACAAUGUUUCAGUAUUUAUAAUACAGUAGAAUAGUAAAGGAAAAUAGUCGCCUAAGCCAAAGUAUUUUUCAGGCUUGACAAACGUGCAUAACAUGUGUUACAUGUGUUAAAGUCGAAUAUAUGUCAUUGUGACUAAUAAAAAAAAAAGUAAUUAUGAAAGUAGUUUUACAUACGUGUAUUUCCAACUGUAUUAUGGAUACAUGUACUAUCUGGGUAUUUCUGUAAUGCUUGUAUUGGUCUUCUUGUAAGAAACUACAGAUAUCACGUCAAGUAAACCUCAGUUGAUUACGAAGGACCAGUUCGAAACGAAACAUGUUCUAAAACUUUCUUGCAACCUUAGAAAGUGAACGAUAUACUUCCUAAAUCUCGCCUCCAUGAAAACCUUCAAAGAUCAACUUUCUUGCAACCUUUUACCAACGCUGUCAAAAUUCAAAAUCCCCUACGUCAGCAUACACCCUCCACUCAAUACAUGAUUGUCUCAAUUCACUGUAGUAAGAAAAUCCUUCACAAUAUCCUUCAAAUAUAAGAGACUCGCCAAAGGUUUCAAGUGAAUACUCUACUAGAACAAUCAUAAACAAGCUCAUAAGAGCUUCUUGAGUUUUAACCCUGGCUUUUCUUUCUCUGUAUUAUGUUUUUCCUUCAUUAGAUUUUGCGACCACUCCUUAGAUCUUGUAUAGAGGUCUUGCCCUACAGCAUACAGUAAUUACAUGUACAUGUAUGUCUAUAGUUAUGCUGUAUGUUUUGUGUAUAUAUUGAAAUCUCUAUUGUACAGUGUAUUUAUGUAUAUAAGAAUAUUUUAAUUUUGCUUGUUUUAUCUCACCUUUUUAAUCACUGUAAACUUAAUUUUUUGGUCAUUAUGUUCAUUAUUUGUCGCGUUCCAGGUAUGUGUUUGUUUCUGUACCAGUUCGGCCUGUUACUUGGGUAGUGAAGGGGGGGGGGGGGUUGGUAGAGAAGAUUUUUGAUAGCAUCUUAAGCUUGCCUGACACUUUGCGGUCCCUUAUGAUACAAUUUUUGAACAAAUUGCAUUUUUUGUAUUAAUUGUCACUGCUUCUAUGUUGCUGAGCAUUACCUGACAGUGCGAGGAAGCCUUCACAUGUGUUUUUUCAGAAAUUACCCGAAGUUGGGAGAAUAUUAGGGUAUUGCCAGAACCUUGUGAUCCGUCUUACAAAGAGUUGCGAUUGAUCAGAUCAAUCGCAACUAUGGAAAGCCAGUAAAGUCAACAUUUAAAAUGCAUGUUAAAAAAAAUUCUAGAUAUGAAUAUAUAUCCAUAAAUUUCUUGACAAUUUGGUGUGUUCUCCUUUGUUUACAAAGGACGUUUUGCAAAUUUCCCGUAUUAAAAAUUAUGACACUGAUGGAUUUCCAUAGAGUUAAAUUGAUUGGAUCGAUUGAAACUCUUUGUUAGACAGGGUCCACAGGGCUCCAUCUUACAAAGAUUUACGAUUGAUCUGAUGGAAAUUUGCUCAAUGUCCUUUGAAAACAAAGAAAAGCAUACUGAAUCAAGAAAACAGUGAAUGUGUGAAUAUACAUCAUUUCUAGCAAAUAGUUUGAACAAACAUGUAUUUUAGAUGUUGACAUUGCUGGCUUUCCAUAGUUGCAAUUGAUCAGAUUAAUUGCAACUCUUUGUAAGACGGGCCCCAGAUGCGAUUAACAGGUAUAUUUUGGGUCCCAAAAUCAAUCAUAUGUCUUGCAAUUAAUUGCAAAUUUUUCAUUGGCUGAUGUUCUGCUUCUUAUGAAGACUUUGCUCCGUACCUUAACAUACAACUUUCUCUAUUUGCCAUUCUCUGUACAUCAUUUCCUAUCAAAUUCUCUGUUGUAUGUUUUCUUCUUCUUCUUCAAACUCUUUUGUCUCACUUUUAUUUUUCCUUCUCCAAAUUGAAUUUCCUCUUCCAUACCACCUUUCUUGAUAAACUCUUUGCUACUUACCUCAAUAUACAACACUCUCUCCUAUUCCUCCUCUCCCCUCCCUCCCCCUACCCCUACCCUCCUCCCCAUCCCCUUUCUCUCUCCUUACCCCCUCUCCCCUCACCCUCUCACCCCCCCCCCCCAUCUUUCUUGUAAACACACUUCAUGAAGGGUGUGUCCACUCUUAAGAUUUUAAUUAUCCUGCUCAAGACUACGUAAGUUAAAUUUAUUGUAGAUUCCUCAAGUAAUUUCAUCACCAUAGUUACACCACUUGACUAAUUGUAUGGUAUCUGAAACAAUUCUUUGUUCAUGUGAAGCUAGUAUUACCAUUCUUGAAACUUUAUCCAAGUAAUGAUAGUAUUAAUGAUUGGCCAUUCCGGAAGGACAAUGAACCAAACCAAUAUAAUACCAGUGUUUGCGAAAGCAUUGAUUGAAUGUUGACAUUUCUAUGUAUUUGAUAAUAAAUGAAGAUACUCUAUAAGUAUACCAUGUAUAAUGUGUUGUGCUGCAAAGUGAAAAUUAGACAUUCUGAGCACUAAAUAGAAUUAUGUCACCAAUGAAAUUUGUUGCAUGUUUGUUUUGUGAAAGAUGUUAAAAUGAAUACUAAAUACAGUAAAUUUGAAAAUCACAGAA